AUGGAAGUAGAAGGAACGGAUUUUGACUCCACCACCGAAGAAGGCCAAGUCGACAUUAACGAUGAAGAAUACGACGCAUGGACCCAAGGCGCGGAAACCGACCCCCUAAUCUACAACACGGCCCUAGAAAACAAGUAUGGUAGCAGGUGGAAAAGCUUCAAGGCCUCCUUAAAUCGCAUGUGGCAAUCAAAGAACCGCCGCAGCCCCGUCCCUGAGUACUUGGAGCUUCAAAAUAUGAACGAACAGGGGGCGACCGCGCGGGAAACCGUAGAGUGGGCAACUCAAGAGUUAAGGCAACGCUAUCCCCGUUUCGAGGCUUACGACAUAAGGCUCACAGAGCGCGGAAACAAAGUUCUUAUAAGCGUCAGAGACAUGAGGCAUGCCGGGGCCAACAGUUGGACCAAACCACAAGUCCUUUUUGAUGAUACUGGAUCAGUCAAGGUCAACGUGGAGAGAUUAAGGGGCUUUCGAGAGGCUACCCGGAGUGCGUUAGAAAGGUUGGAAACCUUAAACGAAAGGGUCGCGCUAGAAAGGCGCGUCGAGGGGUUACGAGAAACGUUGGAAGAAAGAGAAGCAGAUUACAUGAGACAAAACCGACUACUCCUUGAUGCUCAAAAGAGAGAACUUGACGACAAGAAUCAGCUAAUAGUACAGAUGAGAGAACAAAUGGAUAAAGCCCUACGCGAAAGAGACCAAGCCCAAAAAGCCUUCGAUCUUGCCCUGCAAGACCUGGACAUGAGCCAGGAAGAAGCCAAAAACUUGCAUGUCACCAUAGCCGCAUCUUUGGAGGAACGGCGGCAGUUGGUUGCCGAAAUCAACAUUAAAGAAGAGCAAAUCCGGCAAAGAGAUCAGGCUAUUGAAGACCUGGAGGGGCAAAUAGAACAACAGCAGGAAAUAAUUAACGACCAGACUCGUCCCGAAGAGGAAAGGGGGGCUGCCCAAAGGGAAUCAGAAACCCUUCAGGUACGCCUUGCGAAAUUACGAGCGCAAAAGGACAACCUGGAAAAGGAGUUGGGGCUUACCACCAAGGAAAAGCCUAAGCACUGUAAGAGUGCUAAUGGUCAUAUGGUUAUAAGCCUUGUCUCUUUGAUCCUCUAUGCUAUUUACCGUAACCUCUCCCGUAUCGUCUACUCUUAUCUGUAG